AUGUCAACGUCUCUCCUUUACGACUGUUCGGAAGCGUCGUUUGACGACGUCAGUCUCAAUGGCUUCCCGCGCGCUCGCGAGCAACGAGGAGCUGUGGCAGCGGGCGAGCAAGACGGGCACGGGACUGAGUGUUACCACGCUGCGCUUUUCGCGAACCAUUUCGCUGGACCAGGUGGCAGCAGCAGCAGCUCUGGCGGCGUCCCAGCACCCAUCCUCGCUGCAAAGAUCAUCAGGGUGCAAAAGCCCAAGCCGCACUGGGAGCUCCGCGUGUCUGGGGACGCUCCCCCUGCUGUCCCCGUUGCUGCGUGCUCGUGGCAAGAUGUGCUGGGCGUUGAUGGGGCGAGCACGCUGGGCGCUAGUGAGUCGGAGGAGGCGCUGAGGCUGGUGACUCAGGUGGAGAUGAAUACACCCAUGGCGACCGUGGUGGGGGAGAAGGAUGAAGAGCCGACUGACGUGUUCCAGGUCCACGUGUACCCCUCUGAGCUCGCCACGUGUAUCGUUCUGAGAGGCCACUGCGCUGCCUUCGAUCGCUCCUCCGCUCUCUCUGUCGCCCGCGCCUUUCUCUCCGCCCUCGCGGCUGUGCUCGCUGGUUCUGCCCCUUCUUCCCCAACCUGGCCUAGCACAGGGGUGUCUCUUCCGCCCUCUCUUUCCUCCCUCAUGCCCAAGGGCGCGCAGGCGAAGGGCUUUUUCACCAAGAUGGUGGACGCGGUGGGGUAUGCCGCCUCCUCUCAUUCUGCCGUGCUGCCCUUCCAGCCUGGUUGUGCUGACUCGCUCAAGAACCAUUUCCGCUCCGAGAUCAUCCCCAUCCAUCUCUCCAAGCAAGAGACUGAUGCGCUCAAGAGUGCAUGCGAGGCGAGGGGCAGCUCGCUGUACGGCGUGCAGUGUGCCGCGGUGCUCAAGGCAGCUGCAGAGGAGCUGAAGCUCAAGAAGGACGAGUCGUUUGGCGUCACCAGCCUCAUUGACUGUCGUCAGUACUGCGACCCCGCGCUCCCCUCUUCGGCCAUCGGGGUGUUUGACUCGGGGCUGCCUCUAAAGCACUCUUGCUCGCACGCCUCCUCCCUGUGGGGCAUUGCCGGGCAGCUCACGCAGCAGGUGGCCACUGCGGUCAGCAAGGGGAAACAUUUCUCGGAGCUGCCCGUGCUGGAGAUGCUGUUUGUCACGGUGCUCAACACCCCCUCCCUGAGCCCAGAGCACUCCCUGCGCACCUCCUUCCUCACCUCCUUCACCGACGGUCCUCUCCCUCUCGACCUCGCCACUACACACGGCACCAGUAACGGCAGCGCCACCAACGGUACCACCAAUGACAGCAGUGCUGCUGCUGGCGGUGACCUGGCUCUGCUGCAGCUGGAUGGGGUGAUGGGGCCUCUGGUGGCGAGUCACGGCAUCGGCCCCUGCAUUGGCAUGCCCGACUUUAUCAAGGAUGGGGCGCUGCAGGUGCUGCUGGUGUACCCGACUCCACUCUACUCGCCUGCCCAGAUGGCCCAGUUUGCUGUCCUCGUUAAGAACAACCUCAUUGCAGCUGCAGCUAACCAGGAUGUGUA